CUUACCGUGGCUUUGUAGCAUGUCGAUAUCUGGAAAGGUGUGAUGGAGCCUUCAUUUUCCAGUGUGUCUGGAUACUUUGUGGCCAUUUUUCUCUUACAGAUGGUAGUACCCACCUCAGAGCAUUUCACUGUGAGCAGCUCCAGGAGCCACCAGGUGGUCAUGGUAGGUGAACAUGUUGAGCUCAGCUGCCAGCUGUCACCACCACAGAGUGCAGAACACAUGAAUGUGGGCUGGUACCGGGAUCACUACUCCCAACUAGUCCAAGAGUAUGAGCAUGGGAAAAAAAUCUCUGGAGGAAACACUCAGGACUACAUGAAUCGCACAGUAUUAUUGAAGGAUGCCCUGGGAGUGGGCAGAAUGACCCUCAGAAUCUACAAUAUCAGUAUUUUUGAUGAGGGGCAGUACCACUGUUUCUUUAAAGAUGGUGACACCUAUGAAGAAGCCAUCAUGGAUCUGAAGGUGGCAGCUCUUGGCUUGGAUAUGCAUAUUAAUCUUCAGCCUUCUGGCACAAAUGAAUUCAUGGUGGAAUGUAGCUCAGGAGGGUGGUUUCCAAAAGCUGAGAUGGAGUGGAGAGACAGCAGAGGGAACAUGAUUCCAUCUUCAUCAAAAAUCUUCUUUCAGGAUGCAGAUGGAUUAUUGCACCUAAAGAUGAGUGUUCUUCUCAAAAAUAAUACUGAUCAUUCUGUCACUUGCUGCUUUCGUAACCCAGUUACUGGUCAAGAGAAAAGGGCAGGUGUUGUCCUACCAGAUAUUCUGUUCAACUCAUCAGUGUAUAUGCAUUUAUGGCUCCUUGUAUAUUUGAUCAUUGUGCCUGGUCUUCUGAUACUCAGAAUAAAAGUUGCACAGAAUAAACGGUGCAUUCUCUUACUGGUUGAGUGUUUCUUUAUCCUGGUGCCUGUUUUGAUCUUUCCUGUCUACUGGAUAAUCAGGAAUAGAGUCUCUGUCUCUGUUUUAGAAGACCUGUCCCCAUUUUAUAGUACUUGGAUGUAUGAUAUGUCUUACAUCCUGUCUGUACUGAUGUGUUUUUUCACCAUACUCAUAUUUGGCCUACUUUGCACUCUGAAAGGUUUUCUAUAAUCACGAACAUCUGACUCUUCAUCUGAAACACAGGACACUUGAGGACAGCAGAACCAGUUAUAUAAAACUUUGAGAAAAAAGCAUUCUGGGCUAAGGGCCUAUAGUUUUGUGCAAAGUCAAAUAACGAGCAA